CGUAUAGUCUCCGGUCUCUCUCCUGUUGUAUGCGUGAAUUUUACAAGUCCAAAUCGUCAUCGUUCAUUACUGCUGGGCUGCUACAGCGGCUCCGACUGUGUUUUCCACGUCGUUAGACCAGUUAUGUGUGACCGUCUUCGUAAAAUAUUGUAGUUAAUAUCAAUUUUCUUCGUGAUCAUAGUUGUACAGGUUCGAUUAACGUGCUGUCGGUAUUCUAUUCCAUUAUUAUUGACAAAUAUUUUCGUGCAAACUUCAUCUCGUCACACAGUACACAAUCGUCUGGUUCGACUGCAGUAAACGUUGGAAGUGUCCACAGCCCAUCGCAAACACGGCUAACAGCUUUGCGUCCACGUGAAAUAAAACAUGGCCGAAGAUCGAGAGUCCGGUGAUCGAAAACAUGAGAAGUCAAAGAAGCGUGAUAGGGAACAUGAAAAAAAUGGUGUUGGGAAGAAAGAAGUCAAACGCGAAUUCAAAGAUAAACAUUUUGAUUCUGGCUAUCAUUCCCAAAUCAAGAGAGAAUACGAGUUAGAAAACAGCAUCAAAGAGGAAAAUUAUUCCGAUGAUGGAGAAGAAUCUUUGUCUAAUAGUAUCAGAAAAUCAAGUGAUGACUAUUAUCCUGUCAAGAGGGAACCAGAAUCUGAAGACGACGUACCAUUAUCCAGUCGGAAAAGGAAGCGUUCUGCUAGCAGUGAGGAUGACGUUCCACUGAGUGAUCGAUCAAAGCAUAUUAAAAGAGAACACAGUAGUCAUAAAAAGCAUAAAAAAGAUAAGGAACACAAAAGCAAACAUAAAGAAAAGGAUAGGAAUCAUUCUUCCUCCAAAGAGUCUAAACAUAAGGUGAAAAAGGAAAAUAAUACAUCACAAAAAGAAACACCUGUCAAAAGUUCGUCAAAAAAAAAGAAAGAAGAAGAACAGGAAGUUUGGAAAUGGUGGGAAGAAGAAAAAAAAAAUGAUGGUGUAAAAUGGAGAUUCUUGGAGCACAAAGGACCCGUGUUUGCUCCCGAUUACGAGCCUUUACCGAGCAACGUAAAAUUUUACUAUGACGGUAAACACGUUGUCCUGUCUGAAUCUGCAGAAGAAGUAGCAACAUUCUAUGCAAAAAUGAUUGAACACGACUAUACGACAAAAGACAUUUUUAAUAAGAACUUUCUUAAAGAUUGGCGUAAAUCAAUGACACCCAAAGAGAAAGAAUUAAUCAAUGAUUUAUCCAAGUGCAAUUUCAAAGAAAUGUACAAGUAUUUCACCCAAAAAUCGGAAGAAAGAAAAGCCAUGAGCAAAGAAGAAAAAAAGAAAAUUAAAGAAGAGAACGAAGCUCUUCAAAAAGAAUAUGGAUUUUGUACUAUCGAUGGACACAAAGAAAAAAUUGGUAAUUUUAAAAUUGAACCACCGGGUUUGUUCAGAGGACGAGGUGAACAUCCUAAAAUGGGAAUGUUGAAAAAAAGGGUUGUACCCGAAGACGUUCUAAUCAAUUGUAGUCAAGACUCUAAUAUUCCUAAACCUCCUCCUGGUCACAGAUGGAAGGAAGUUAAACACGACCCAAGCGUCACAUGGCUUGCCAGUUGGAUAGAAAAUGUUCAAGGGCAAGUUAAAUAUGUCAUGUUGAAUCCUUCAUCAAAACUGAAGGGAGAAAAAGAUUGGCAGAAAUACGAAACUGCCAGGAAACUAGCAAAAUCAAUAGACAAAAUAAGAGAAAACUAUAUUAAAGAUUGGAAAUCUAGGGAAAUGCACGUCAGGCAACGAUCGGUUGCUUUGUAUUUCAUUGAUAAAUUGGCGUUGAGAGCCGGAAACGAAAAAGACGAAGAUCAAGCAGAUACCGUUGGCUGUUGUUCUUUACGUGUUGAGCAUAUCCAGCUACACGAAGAGCAUAAUGGAAAGGAAUACGUGGUUGUGUUUGAUUUCCUCGGAAAGGAUUCAAUAAGAUAUUACAAUGAAGUGCCUGUUGAAAAACGGGUAUUUAAAAAUUUAAAGAUUUUCAUGGAAAACAAAAAAGGCAAUGAUGAUCUUUUUGAUCGUUUGAAUACGUCAAUAUUGAACCAACACUUACACGAACUGAUGGACGGACUUACAGCCAAAGUGUUCCGUACUUUCAAUGCUUCUUGGACACUUCAACAGCAAUUGGACAAACUAACAGAUCCAAAUGUGUCUGUGGCUGAGAAAAUAUUGCAAUACAACCGUGCCAAUCGAGCUGUGGCUAUACUGUGUAACCAUCAACGUGCAGUGCCGAAAACUCAUGAAAAAUCGAUGGGCAAUCUUAAAGAAAAAAUUCAAACUAAAAGAACUCAAGUGAAGGAUGCUAAAGAUGCGUAUAAGCAAGCCAAACGAGACGCUAAAGACGGUAGCGUGCAUUCAAAAACUCAACUAGAAAAAAAGAAAAAGGCAUUAGAACGAUUGAAAGAACAGUUGGUAAAGCUGGAGGUUCAAGAGACUGACAAGGAAGAAAACAAGACGAUUGCUUUGGGCACGUCCAAAUUGAAUUAUUUGGAUCCGCGUAUUUCGGUCGCCUGGUGUAAGAAAUAUGAUGUUCCUAUUGAGAAAAUUUACAAUAAAACGCAGCGAGACAAAUUCAGAUGGGCCAUUGAUAUGGCGGGACCAGAUUAUGUGUUUUAAUAUUGAAUGAAAAUUGAGAAUUGUCUAUAGUAACAAUUAAACUGUAAUUUUUUUUUACUUUAAGUAUCUUUUUUUCCUAAUUUUUUUUUUUUUUUUUACUAUAUUUCGCGUGAUAAAAAUGAGCAUACAUAUAACUAUUGGGACGACCAAUUUUUAUUUUGCGCCGCUUUUAUCAUUGCAAAUGUGUUUUAGAAAACCAGCAGUGACUUAAUUGAAACCUUUAUAUUAUUAUAUAUAUAUUCAAAUAUUUUUUUUUUACAAUUAUUCUUUCAAUUCAUUUUUUUUAUUUCCUGUAGUGUCCGUUAUAAACAAAUAUACAUUUGUAAGCAUGUUUGUUAUGUGCUAGGCCUUUUUUUCUACCAGCUUUUUCUGAUUGUAAAUGUUGUGAUAAUGUUUUUUUAAAAUACGUUAAUAGUAUUUUGUACAGAAAAAAAAAAUUAAGAAAACCAUCAUUAUCAUUUUAAGUAUGAUCCGACUUAAAAAAUUUGUUAGCUAAUAAUACAUAAUUAAAAUUCAAUGUUUUUUACCAAUCAGACAUUUGUGAAAACAGUUGUAGUUCCAUACAUAUAUAGAAUUC